AUGCCGGACAGCAAUCCUGCAAAGCUGGUGCUGGUGUUCGCUUCCGAUCCGGCAGGUGAGUUUCUAUCAAAGAUGAGCAAACAACUCAAGUAUUGCUCACCUAUUUCUUAUUCCGUCCCGUUCCCAUAACAGAUCCGGACCGUGUACAUUUACGGUCAACCGAUCAUCUCGCUGUUCGUAGAGAGUCAGGAACGACUCUGUCUGGCCCAAAUUUCCAGCACGCUGUUAAAAGAUUUCAGCUACAAUGAGAUUCACAACCGUCGCGUAGCUCUGGGCAUCACCUGCAUCCAAUGUACUCCCGUACAGCUUGAAAUACUGCGACGAGCCGGAGCGAUGCCGGCGUCGUCACGGCGAUGCGGCAUGAUCACCCGACGAGAAGCCGAGCGGCUCUGCAAAUCGUUCUUCGGUGAGUGCAGUCAACCGGCCCUACCAGAGGGAUUCGUCUUCAACGUCUUUCAUGAAUGCGCCUGGGGUUGCGUUGGAGCCUUCUCCCCAGCACGUUACAACAGUUCCCGAGCCAAGUGCAUCAAGUGCACCUACUGCAAUCUAUUCUUCUCGCCCAAUAAGUUCAUCUUCCAUUCACAUCGGCUAACUCCGCACGACAAAUACGUCCAACCGGACGCAGCCAAUUUCAACUCAUGGAGACGUCAUCUAAAGCUCCAGGGUUCACCCCCGGAAAAGAUCUCCUACGCGUGGGAAGACGUCAAGGCCAUGUUCAACGGCGGCACCCGCAAACGUUACAUCCUUUCGACUGCCCGCAAGUACAGCGCUGCAACAGCUGCCGCCGAUGCAGCAUCAUCCGCCCUACUGGACCCAGGCAAGGAACCGGUCACGUCAACCAUUUGUGACCUAUCGACCUCGGCGGCCACCGUUGUUACCAAGCAGGAAGCUCCCGACACAUCCGACACCCACAUGAACAGCGGAGACAGUUGCAGCAGCAGUACCAGUCCCUUUGCCCACAUCCCGCACCUGCUGUCGCAAUCGAGUGCAGCCCUCCCGAGCUCUUCAACCAAUCCGGUCUCCUCGCCGAAUGCAGCCGCUGCCGUCGCGGCAGCCAAUUCGGCGGCAGCUGCUGCCAGCUUCGGGUUCAAACUGUCCUGUCUGCAGCCGUUCGCUUUCAACGGAAUUGGUCACUUCCCGGCAAUGGUACCGAGUGCAGCUGGAUAUUUGGUACCGCUGCUGCGUCCCACGAACCCGAAGAGCAUCUCCGCUGCAGCGAUGUCCGCGUUUAAGCCUGUGGUAAAGGUCAAGAAGAGGUACGAUGGUAGGGUGGAAGCGUUUCAUACACGCAGAAUCACGAACGUUACGACGCUCCUCCGGGCAGUGCUUCCGGAAGGAGUCGCAUACUUGGUCUACCUCUCUGGGGAUGAGGGUUUUCAUUUCAGUAUGUGCGUUUGCUUUUUGAAGUUGGAUACAAAUGAGUUUCACAUGUCAUAUUUUUAG